CGGGCUUUGUCGGCCGGCCUGCGGGCCCGGGGCUGCGGUCCAGCUGUCCCCUCCGGCGUCGGGCCCGCGCGGUCUUCUCGCUGCGGGGCGCCGGAUUCUAAUAGGAACUGCUGAGAAGGUGGUAACUCUGAAGCCUGGAUUUCUGAGGAUGAAAAUUCACACAGGAUGAUGUCAGAUAAACUCACAGUGAUGGAGGCCCUCAUCCCUGAGUCCAGGGAAGUCUGUGAACCCAGAUUAGGGCAGCUCCUGGGAGAUGCUGAGGGGCAAAGCCUGGGGAGUCCCCCAUCCCAGGAGGGGGGCUUUAAGCAGAUGACAGUUACCCAUUGGAAAAUCCAGACAGGAGAGACAGCUGACUCUUGUGUUAGGGCAGGAAGAAACCCUAUUCUGAACUCCAACCUUGUCAUACUUCAGAGAGAGCUUAUAGAAGGGGAGGCCCAUCCCUGUGAUAUUUGUGGCAAAAGCUUCAUGUUUAAUUCAGACCUAGUUAGACAUCAGAUUUCUCAUACUGGGGAGAAACCUUAUAAAUGUGAUCAGUGUGGCAAAGGCUUUGGUCAGAGCUCACACCUUACUGAGCACCAGAGGGUUCAUACCAGAGAGAGACUCUACGUGUGUAAUGCGUGUGGGAAAGACUUCACUCACUACCCACGUCUUCUUGAGCAUCAGCAGGUGCAUGCGGGAGAGAAGCCGUUCAGGUGCUCACAGUGUGGGAAAGCCUUUUGUCACAGCUCAGACCUAAUCCGACACCAGCGGGUGCACACCAGAGAGAGGCCCUUUGAGUGCAAAGAGUGUGGAAAAGGCUUCAGUCAGAGCUCCUUGCUGAUACGACACCAGAGAAUACACACUGGAGAGAGGCCCUAUGAGUGUAAUGAAUGUGGGAAAUCCUUCAUCAGGAGCUCAAGCCUUAUUCGACAUUAUCAGAUCCACACAGAAGUGAAACAGUAUGAAUGCAAAGAGUGUGGAAAGGCCUUUCGUCACCGCUCAGACCUUAUUGAACACCAGAGAAUUCACACUGGGGAGAGGCCCUUUGAAUGCAAUGAAUGUGGGAAAGCCUUUAUUCGGAGUUCAAAGCUCAUUCAGCAUCAGAGAAUUCACACUGGAGAAAGGCCUUACGUGUGCAAUGAGUGUGGAAAGCGUUUUAGCCAGACAUCAAACUUUACUCAGCAUCAGAGGAUUCAUACUGGUGAGAAACUCUAUGAAUGUAACGAAUGUGGGAAAGCGUUCUUUCUGAGUUCAUACCUCAUUCGACACCAGAAAAUUCACACUGGAGAGAGGGUGUAUGAAUGUAAGGAAUGUGGGAAAGCUUUUCUCCAGAAAGCCCAUCUCACUGAACAUCAGAAAAUCCACACAGGGGACAGGCCCUUUGAGUGUAAAGACUGUGGGAAAGCUUUCAUUCAGAGCUCCAAGCUGCUGCUCCACCAGAUCGUUCACACUGGAGAAAAGCCCUAUGUGUGUAGCUAUUGCGGGAAAGGCUUUAUUCAGAGGUCUAACUUCCUGCAACACCAGAAAAUUCAUACUGAAGAGAAGCUCUAUGAAUGCAGUCAGCAUGGGGAAAACUUUAACUCAACCCCAGACUCUAAGAAUAAUGAAGGUGUUCACCCAGAGGGACUUGCCUUGAAUAAGGCCCCCAUACAUUUGGGUGAGAGACCUGUCGGUCAGGGGGAACAUACAGACAAAUUACAAAAUAAUUACUCUUCCACUCAAUGAGCGAUGUUUGGAAAAGAGUGGAAUUUGGAUUUACAUGGCUUCAAAGAUUCAGACACAUCAGAAUUCUGUGCAGCACAGACAAGGCUGCAUAGGGCUCUGCUCCCACCUGCCACUUUGUGGGUUCCUGGAGUGGGCCUGCUUCCUCAGUGGUGAAUCUUGUCCUCUGGAGAGCCAUGGGGCUUUACAGCUGACUUUGAGCUGAAAUAGCAGGGGCAAGAGGGGAUAAGUCUCAGAUAUAUAUAUUUUAUUCUUAGAUACAAUCCAUUUUUGAGUUAAAUCCCUUUUAAAGCAGAACUGUGUCUCUAAUCUUAUUUAGAAGAGUGUUACCUAGCAAUUUUGAUCACCAAAAAAUCAAGAUGGAAAAAAAAUUAAGCAAAACCAUGACGAACUGGUUCUGUGUUGUCCUGAGGACGAACUCCAGCCUCCCAGUGUCCCCAUCAUGCCUGCUAACACCUUGCAUUCCGUGGUCCCUGGGUACCCCAGCAGCGCCAACUGCUUCAUACUUCCCCCUACACCAAGCUGUUUCCUACCUCCCCUCCCUUCUUUGCUCUGGGUUGAAGGCUCCUCCUCAGCUGAUCAACCCUAAUCAUGUUCAAGACUCACUGAAGCAUUGUGUCAGGGCCAUUGCCCUGAGGCAUGGUUGGGAGCCCCUGUCCUGGCUUCUGCUCUGUGCCCCUCUGUGCUGUGCAUAUUUUGGUACAUGCAGUCACAAUUUUAUGUGCCAUCUCUUUCAUUAUACUCUUAGUUCCUGAGGACAGUGACUACUGUCCAUUCCUGGUUGAUCUGUGUGUCCCCAGUAGCUAGCAUGAAACAAUAAAAAC